ACCAAAAAUGGAUUCAAAGGAAAGGAAAAAACUUAUUCAAUUCCCACUUCCCUCUGGUCAUCUGCUCCUCUUUUCAAACUGCUUCUGUUUCUCUCUCUCUUUUCAAAAAAAGACUACAAAUGGUAGAGAGAGAAUAGUCUCGGCCACUGCUCACCCUUUCCCUCCAUUCUCAACGUCUCUGUCACUCAUAUCUUCCUCAAUCGCUUUUUACCUCUCCAUACGACGCGCAUUCAAGCACUACUCCAACUUUCCUCACCACAGAAUCGAUUACCACUCCACAAUCUUCAUUCGCCACUUGGGUUGUUCUUUCCAUCCCAUCCCUCCAUACACACUGCACCCUUAAAGUUCUAACCUUCAAGCUCUCCUUAUCUAUGCUGAAACUUGGACAAAACUUCGAUUUAGAUCUGUAGCAAAGUCCAAGAUUUCGAGAGCUUGCUGCAACAGCAAUGGUGGCGGCGCAGCCUUGGAUUCUGAAAAUGGGUAACCAAGUAAGUUCAAAUCUCAAGCACGCUCUUCUCCUCGAACAAUCUUCCAAGAAAACAACCACAAAAAACCACCAAACCCACAAGCAAACAAUCGGAAUCCUCUCUUUCGAAGUCGCCAAUGUCAUGUCCAAAACCCUUCACCUCCACAAAUCCCUGACCACUCGCGAGAUCUCUAGACUUAAAAACGAGAUCUUGAAAUCCGAGGGCGUAAAAACCCUAGUUUCCUCUGACGAGACCUAUCUCCUCGAGCUUGCCCUUUCGGAGAAGCUCGAAGACCUGAACAGGGUCGCCGGAGUCGUGUCGAGGUUAGGGAAGAAGUGUUCGGUUCCUGCGCUUCAAGGGUUCGAGCAUGUGUAUGGGGAUAUAGUGAGGGGAGCAAUAGAUGUGAAGGAAUUAGGGUUUUUGGUGAAGGAUAUGGAUGGGAUGGUGAGGAAGAUGGAGAGGUAUGUGAAUUCCACUGCAAAUCUCUACAGUGAAAUGGAGGUUUUGAAUGAAUUGGAGAUUGCUACCAAAAAGUUUCAGCAGAACCAGCACGAGGAGAGCCGGAAGGCUUUCGAGCAGAAAUUGAUGUGGCAGAAGCAGGAUGUGAGGCAUCUCAAGGAUGUUUCGCUUUGGAACCAAACCUAUGAUAAGGUUGUGGAGUUGUUGGCGAGGACCGCCUGUACGAUUUACGCGAGGAUUUGUAUGGUGUUUGGUGAUGCUGUUUUGAGGGGAGAGUUAACGGGUGAUUCUGAUUCUGUUUCGGGUGCGCAAUUUGGUUUUGAAGGCGGUUUGGCUCCUUCAAAGGAUGAAUGUGGGCAGAAAUCUGGUCAAAUUGAUAUGCAUCACAAUUUUCGGAUGAGUUCUGAUCAAUUAAGGCCUGUUUUGCGCAAGAGUAAUGCUAAUAAUCACUCUCACUCAGGACCAAUUGAGAGAGCUGUGGUAGAGAAAAGAAGGGCAGAUGUUAGUCCUCAGCUUGCAUCGCAUAGAGCUGAAGUGCUGGCAUUCCGUCCACAAGACUUUAAUUUUGCGUGUGGGACGGGCCCGGGGAGGCUUUUCAUGGAAUGCCUUAGUUUGAGCAGUUCGGCUUCUAAAGUGGACGAUGAUGAUGAUGGUGAAGGUGUUGGUCAUGAUGAUCGAAGUAGUCAAACUUCGGCUUCUUGUAGUGUGGCGAGUGCAAUGAAAAGAGAACUCCCAAAUCAUUCAGGGUGGAUUGCUCGGGCUCAAAGUGGAGUUCUUUUCAGUGGAGACCAAUGGCAAGCUAAGUGUAGUGCAAUAAAUGGCUCUCGUUUUGGCCUCAAAAGUAGGUUAGCAUUAUAUGCUCCUCCUUCCACUAUUGGAGGCUCUGCUCUUGCCUUGCAUUAUGCGAAUGUUAUAAUUGUCAUAGAAAAAUUGCUUCGAUACCCACAUUUGGUUGGGGAAGAAGCUAGGGACGAUCUAUAUCAGAUGUUACCAACAAGCUUAAAAAUGACUUUGAAGACUAGUCUAAAGUCUUAUGUCAAAGACUUGGCAAUAUAUGAUGCUCCUCUUGCCCAAGAUUGGAAAGAGAGGCUUGAUGGGAUACUGAAAUGGCUUGCCCCAUUAGCACAUAACAUGAUCAGAUGGCAAAGUGAGCGUAAUUUUGAACAACAGCAGAUUGUUACACGGACAAAUGUCCUUCUGUUGCAGACUAUAUAUUUUGCUGAUAGGGAAAAGACUGAGACAGCUGUCUGUGAACUUCUAGUUGGGCUAAAUUAUAUAUGUCGGUAUGAGCAGCAGCAAAAUGCAUUGUUGGACUGUGCAAGCAGUUUUGACUUUGAUGACUGCGUGGAUUGGCAAAUGCAUUACUAAGCUUCUUUCAUUGAUUACGUUGGUAGAGUAUACCUGAAGAUUUCAGUAGUUUUCUUAGCUCCUGGUACUUGUAUGAAGACAAGCAGAUCACAGUUCAAUAUUUUGUGAAUAUCAGAGCUUUUGCAUAGUGAGAUUCCUAUUGUUAUCAAAUGGUGUUGAUUUGUGUAUUUUAUUGCAAGGUAUGGAGAGUUGACUCCUAAAGUAUAUAAUUCCACUUCUUUCAGUGCAAAA